AAACAAAAAAACCAUCAUUGGAUCUCAUCUCUACAUAUCUAACUACAUCUAAGAAAUUUUUUUUUUUUCUAAUAAGACAAAACAAGAUGAAUAUUCUUUCACAAAUGUUACCAUAGCCCAUAGGUGCUCUUGAAUUAUUAGUAUGACGUCAUAAAUGAUAGUGACACAUAAUCAUACUAUACCAAAGAUUAUAGGUUUUGGGGUCAACAUGAUUAUAUAAAUGAUGAUAUAUCCAAAAGAGAAAUUGAAAUGAUCCUUAUCAGUUGCCAAAAAUGACCAAUAAUCCUUUGUUCUUCCACAACACAGAUUUUUGGGAUCAAGAUUCAUCAUACACUGCCUCGUUUGGGUUCCAACCAAUGAAGAACAAUGAUUGUGUUGGUUUUGAUGAACCAUUUGAAGAUUCUUUAUCGUUUGACAUGGUUGACUUCUCAUCAUCAUCAUCAUCAGAAUCAAGAACCUUAAAGAAGGAGAAGAAACACGAAGAAGAAAAAGAGGAAGAUGGUAAAAGAAGAGGAAGAAGAAGUUACAUAGGAGUUCGAAAGAGGCCAUGGGGAAAAUUCGCAGCGGAAAUUCGAGACACAACAAGAAAUGGAAGAAGGGUUUGGCUUGGAACAUUCGAGAGUGCUGAAGAAGCUGCUUUGGCUUAUGAUCAAGCUGCAUACUCCAUGAGAGGCUACUCUGCUCUUCUCAACUUUUCUUUCCAAAGGGUCAAAGAUUCUUUGCAAGGAAUCAUCAUGGAUUCUGAUUCCAACAACAAACACAAACCCUUUUCUUCUUCUUCUUCUUCACCUGCACUUGCACUCAAAGAGAGGAACUCCCUCCAAAGAAAAUUGUCAUCAUGGUCCUCAAAGUCUAAAAACAAGAACAUCAAGAACAAAAGCAAGGAAUCAUCAUCAUCAUCAUCAUCUAAGGAAUCUUCAUCAACUACUACUACUACUACUAAUAAUAACAAUAAUAGUGGUGGUGUCAUGGUUUUAGAAGAUUUGGGAGUUGAAUAUCUUGAGUAUCUACUAAGCAUUUCAGAAUCUCAUCAUCAUCAAAACACAACAAGCCCUAGCUACUCCAUACUACCACAAAAAUGAAGUCUGUCUCAUUCGCCAGGUGUGGUCGGCUACAAUAUCCAAUCAUAUUUUAGUUUCUUUUGCUUUUUUUUUUUCCUUUUUUUUUUUUGACAAUUAGUAUCUUAUUUGAUCUACUAAAUUAGUAAAAAUCUUAGAAUAAUUCAAAAACAUUAUA